AUGAAUCCUUUUUCAUCAAUACUUGAAAAUAAUUCACAACUUGAUGUAUGCAUGGCACUUGCCGCCAUAGGCCGCACAAGAGCUGCGCUACUUAUUGCUGCAGCCGCGGCCGAAAACUCACUGGAUCCAGGCGAGAGGAAUAUCUACUUGGCUGCGCUAGCACGGGUCCUGGGAAUGCGCGCUCCUUUAGACGAGGCAGCGUCCAACAGGGCAGUAUUUGGCUGCGCGCGCCCGGUGAUCGACAUGCCUCCACCUGAAUUAAAAACGGCACUCUCUGAGUUUGAAGCAGCCGGAUUAUUUGUUCACCCGCUUUCGUACUCUGCUGCAAUGGCUGGAGAACAAACCCAAGCAAAAGAGUUGGCAUACUUGGGCUUUCCUCCCCAUCUUUUAUUACGAGCAGUUUCUUCAGGCGGGCCAAUUACAGCUCUAGCGCUGGCAUUCCUGACCAUAGCAACAGAUUGGCAUGCGAAGCACACAAAAAGUGAAAAAGCGGGACCGCCAGAUAACCAGAUGCAAGAUACUCUGACUGGCGCGCUCUUUCAAAGUAGGCGUACUUCUGCGGAGGCGGCCGCGCAUUUUUUGCUUCGGCUGCCCUGCUGCUUAACUUCCGCCCUUCGCGCGAUUGAAGCUAUUGAUAGGGCACAGGCACACUCAAAACUCUGGGGCGCACUGGAAUAUGAGAGAUCGUCACUAGCCAUGCUUGGCGCACUCAGUGCUUGCGAAACAACUUCGCUUGAAGAUUUGGAGACUGUUAUCACAUCUUUAGCUGAAUCAAAACGUGAAAUUUAUACAUGUCCAACGCUUCGGCAGGUGAUGUUUUUCUCAAGUUGUGGUCAUGUUUACAGGCUUUUGGCGCGAAACCGAGCCCAGGCGGCCCAAAUCGAUUUUCGCAGUCAAGAUAGCACACUGGUACCUGCGCGACAUAUAUCUGCGAAUGCCUUACUCUACAAUAGAGAAGACGUAUUAGAAUGCGCAAGAAAGUACAUUCUCGCUGCAGCUACCCUGCCCCUCGAUGAUCCUGAACUCCCGCACAGGUAUGAGCAAGUGAUCUGGAGUCUUCUUUUGGCAGGCGGGCUACAACUUUCCGCACUAUGGCCAUUUCUCGUCAUGCGCGCUCGCGCCGAAGUAGAGCUCUUUUCUGCUCCAAUGAGCGUUCCGCCUAGCCUGCCUCACCCACCUUGGCCCUGCUACGUGCAAGGAGCAGAAAUUCUCAGCCGUGUCUUUGAUUUAUGUCUUUUAUCACGAGGAGAUCAAAAAGCACUUCUGCCCACAUUCAUUGAGGCGCGCGAUUCUGUUUAUGUGGCCGACAAUUUUUAUCCAACAGUAAGCCACUUUGUGAAUAGGGAAGGGUACGCGGUUUUUCCCGCGCUCCGACCCAAGAUUCUCCUGCGGAAGAAGUUGGCGCAUGAAAGCAAAGCGAUAGUACAUCUCUGGACUUCUGUUUACUACGAGAAUCAUGGGCCAGUGCCGGAGGAGACACAAUGGAGCUAA